AUGAGUAAUGAAGCUAUUGAAUCAUUAAAUUUUAUCUCCGAUCAAUUCAAUCGAUAUUUAGCACCUAUUAUAUUUCUUUUUGGUACAUUUGGAAAUAUUCUAAACUGUUUAGUUUUAUCACAACCGAAACUUCGAUCAAAUUCAUGUGCAUUAUUUUUUCUUGUUUCAUCAUUUAUUGAUCUUAUUUCCAUUCUAGUUGGUCUACCAACUCGAAUAUUGGCUGGUUGGCAUCUUGAUCCAACAAAUACAAUGGAUGGGGCAUGUAAAACUCGUGUUUUUAUUGUAUUUAGUACAAGAACAAUAGCAAUAUGGUUGAUUACAUUAGCUACAAUUGAUCGAUGGUUAAUAUCAUCCAUUGAUAUUCGUCGUCGUCAAAUGAGUAAUUUAAAAAAUGUUAAACGAGAAGUAUUUAUCAUUGUGAUUCUAUCAAUUCUUUUUCAUAUUCAUAUGUUUCCCUGUUAUGAAGCUAAUAAUAUGGAUGCACCAUUGAAAUGUUAUGAAAAAAUAGCAGGAUGUCGUCUUCUUACGGAUCUAACUUAUGUAAUACUGACCAUAACAAUACCAUUGAUUUUAAUGACUAUAUUUGGUCUAUUAACGAUUUCACAUGUGCAUCAUCUUCAUACUCGUGUAGUACCCACAGGAACUCCUUUAAGGACUAUGGAUCGAAGUAGUCGUGCUAAUGCACAUUCAAAGAAAACUGAUCGUCAUUUACUUCGUAUGCUUAUACUACAAAUAUUUUUACUAAUAGUAUUGUGUAUUCCGCAGGCUAUUCAAAAACUUUACAUAACAGUCAAACCGUUUGGUUCUGGAUCUGAAUUAGAAGAUGCCAUAAAAACUUUUCUUUAUAACAUUGAGAUACUUCUAGCUUUCAUGGCAACUGCAAUGCCAUUCUAUAUUUAUGUAUUAGCUGGUGGAAGUGUUUUUCGAAAAGCAUCUAUGAAUUUACUACGACAAAUGCAACAAAAGAUUACAUGUUGA